UAGAAGAGAUGAGGUACAUGAUGAUCAUUUACAUCAUCUGGUUCGUAGGCGAGGAAAAGGUGGUGUUGCCGGUAGGAGGGCUCGUGCUGUUGAGAAAGGACGAGCGCCUAUUGAAAUAGAUGAAUCAGUCUCCGAAGAUGAUCACACAACUUGUGAUUUUGGUUCCAUUUCAAGGGGCCAAACUCAAGAAUUCACUCCCGGGGCAUCAGGUAUGACAUAUCAACCAACAAAUACUGAUAUUGUUCCAUACACGGCAUCACAAAUAUUAAGGAAUUCUAGUCUUUCAUCACUUGAGAAUGUAUUUGGUGGUUCUCGACCUCAACAUUUUGAGAAUGCCCCCAACUUUAAUUCAUCACCUGGGCUGCCAAUGUCCACUGAGACCCCUGGUGUUGUUAAUCAUUUAGAGGACUCCAACGAUGAAGUGGAGAAUGCAAACGAAUGUGGUGAACCAUUAGUGAAGGAGAAGCGUAGGAUUUUUCCUAAGCGUUGUGGGACUGGGAGUCACUAUCUUUACCAGCAUGGCAAAAAAAAAAAGCAACGAGAAACAAAGAACUGUAAUUGAGAGGUUUCAAGU